AUAUGCAAUUGAUGCUCUUCCUAAGUUUUGUCAUUUCAUGGGCACUUGUGAAUGUUGCUAGUGGUAUCAACGAUGUCUAUAUUCAUGGGUCGCUUCCUGAAACUUAUGAAGCCGUUAACGAUGGAAGUAUUGUUCUCAAGUCGCUUACUUUUACAAAAAUCCGUCUAUUCGGGAAGUCACUGGACCUUGUGUCUCAUAUUGCAUUCGCUUCAAGAAACGCCUCUCAAGGAUCCUCUUGUGAGGACACACGUGUUACAGAAUCAUUUCCAUUUGUAAAACAAGAUGAGUAUUUUGGUGAUGCCAAUAUCAAAUUGCGGGAGCUAACAAAAGAUGAAGCUGCUUUCUUUUUGUGCAUCAGAGCUUGGAUUAUAAAUGAUAGAAUCGAUUAUCUCAGCAAUAUCAGCCUAACCUGGAUUUAUCCUUUCGGACCGCAUAAUGUUUCCUUCAAAACCACCUCUAGCCUUAUGCCCAUAUGGCUCCAAGUUUGCCUUAUUAUAUGCCUUUUUUGCUUGUCCGGUCUUUUCAGUGGUCUUAACCUCGGACUUAUGGCGCUUGAUAAAACCGAACUGAAAAUUAUAGAGUUUGCAGGCUCCCCGAGUGAAAGACGUUAUGCCAAAACUAUUCGGCCGGUGAGAGAGAAGGGAAAUUUUCUUUUGUGCACUCUGCUCCUUGGAAAUGUUCUCGUAAAUAACUCCCUAACAAUACUCAUGGACGAUCUAACUGGUAGUGGAAUUUAUGCUGUCAUUGGAUCUACCAUUGGAAUUACUGCACUUGGUGAAAUAAUGCCUCAAGCCGUUUGUUCUAGAUACGGCCUAUCUAUUGGAGCCAAAACUAUUUGGCUCACUAAAAUAUUCAUGGUUAUUACCUUUCCUAUUGCCUUUCCAGUCAGCUAUAUUUUGGAUAAAAUUUUGGGCGAGGAACUUGGUCAAUUCUACAGUCGUGAGAAAUUGGGAGUUUUAAUCAGAGAACAGAGGGAGCACAUUGUUAGCUGUAAUAAAUUCCUACGUAAAUACACAGCUCCCUACUUCUAG